AUGGCCAAAUCUCUCUUUCACGCACAGCUGGGCUUGAGCUCGUCUGAUCCCCAGGCCUCCCUCCGUCUCUCGCAGCAAGCUCCCUCGUUCCUCCAAAGCCAACCGUCUCGCUUCCCUUCCUUUCCCUUCUCGAUAUUCUCCCAGAAAGAAACACCGGAGCUAUGGACGAGCUAUGAACAGCUGCUGGCUGCCUGUCUACGGACGGGAGACGACAAGUCUGCGCGGGAGUGUCUGGACAGGCUCUCCUCCCGGUUCGGGGAGGACAAUGAGCGAGUGAUGGGAUUGCGCGGACUAUACGACGAGGCGACUGCGGCGGACGAGGCGGCUUUGAAACAGGUAUUGAGUAGAUAUGACACCAUUCUAAAGGAAAAUCCGGUGAAUGUUCCGGUGUUGAAAAGACGUAUUGCGAUUCUACGGUCCCUAUCCAGACAUACAGACGCGAUUUCAAGCCUUGUUGAAUUCCUCGAUGCAUUUCCAACGGAUGCUGAGGCGUGGUGCGAACUAUCAGACUUAUAUCACAGCCAAGGGCUAGCUUCUCAGUCUAUAUUCUGUCUCGAAGAGGCACUUCUCAUCCUGCCGAAUGCAUGGAAUCUCCACGCCAGGUUAGGAGAACUACAAUAUAUCUCUACCAGCUCAUCCGAGGCUCCAGAGACAACAUUGAGAACCCUGGCUGAGUCUGUACGACGGUUUUGUCGAAGCAUUGAACUUUGCGACGAUUAUCUGCGCGGGUACUACGGUCUGAACCUGAGCACUGCCCGCCUUUUGGAGAGGCUGGGACCAAAGUCUAGACGGGACGAUAUGCUGCCAACUCCUGAGACGACGCAGAAGCUUCACGAUCUGUCGAUACGGAAGCUGCGUGAGAUCGUGAAGGAGAGGUGUGAGGCGGGAGUAAGCCCUGAGUUCAACGAGAGUGAACUCAUUGCUGCCCAGGCACUGCUUGACCGGCUGUCCAAGUCGAGUUGA